UCGGUUUUACAUUACGUUUUUACCAAUCAAAUUUAAUUUAAAGAUUUCCGGUGUAAUUAUAUAUUUGUUUAUUUCUUAAUAGAUUAAUUAAUGAAUCAUUUUUCAUUUGUAUACAUAAUGUUGGGUUUCUUUUUGUACAUUUUUGAAGUGAAAAAGGAACUUUUAUUCGGUUUAUCGUUAUCAGUUUUAUACAUAACCUAUUAUCUUGUGGAAGUGGUCAAGAAACCGAUCCUGGUGUGCGGCGCCGGCGAGUUCCGGCAGGUGCUGGAGGAGCGCGUGCCCCUGCUGCGCGAGCGCUACUGGCCCACGCCGUGGUGCGUGGAGGCGCGCCUGCAGACCGUGCUGGGCUCGCUGCUGCGGACGCGCUGGCUGCCGCCGCCGCGCUUCCGGCGCCAGCUGCUGGCGCUGUCGGACGGCGGGCAGGUGGCGCUGGACUGGCUGGAGCCGGCGCCGGCGCCGGCGGGCGGCGACGCGCGGCCCGUGCUGCUGGUGCUGCCCGGGCUCACGGGCGCGUCGCACGCCGACUACGUGCGCUGCCUGUGCGCCGCGGCGCGCUCGCUGGGCGCCCACGCCGUGGUGUUCACCAACCGCGGGCUGGGCGGCGUGGCGCUCACCACGCCGCGCCUCUACUGCGCCGUGAGCCACGCCGACCUGGCCGAGGCCGUGGACGCCGUGCGCGCGCGCUGCGCCGGCCCGCUGCUGGCGGCCGGCGUGUCGCUGGGCGGGCUCAUCCUGGGCCAGUACCUGGCGCGGCACGGCGCCGCGGCCCGCGUGGCGGCCGCGCUGGUGGUGUCGUCGCCGCUGGACGUGGAGGCGGGCGCGGCCUGCAUCGAGCGCGCGCCCAACGCGCCGCUGGCGUGGCACAUGGCGGCGGCGCUGCGCCGCACGCUGGCGGCGCACCCCAGCCUGGCGCGCGCCUGCGACUGGCCGCGCGUGUCCAGCGCGCGCUCGCUGCGCCAGUUCGACGCCGCCUUCACGGCGCGCCACUUCGGCUUCGAGUCCGUGGACGCCUACUACGCGGCCGCCACGCUGCGGGGCAAGCUGGCGCGCGUGCGCGUGCCGCUGCUGUGCUUGUGUGCCGCCGACGACCCCUUCCAGCCGAGCGACGUGCUGCCGCGAGGCGAGGCGGCGGCCAGCGCGCGCGUGGCGCUGCUGGUGACGGCCCGCGGCGGCCACAUCGGGUUCCUGGAGGGCUGGUGGCCGGCCCGCGCCGCGCCCGACCAGUACAUCGCGCGCCUGGCGCACCAGUACUUCGCCGCGCUGCUGCAGGCGCCGCAGCUGCUGCACGUGCCGGCCUGACCCACCCCCCCGACCAGCAACCCCGCAGCGGCGGCGCCGCACGAGCCCCACAGUGCCUUCGCCCCGCGCCCCACCGGCUCUGCCCCACGAGCCCCGGAGGAGCGGCGCCGUGAGACGCAGAACUGUUUUGUGAUAUUUUUCGAUAUUGUAAUAGGCGCGAGUGAGAUUUUAGUAUUAUAUUUAUUAUAUACAUUUAUAUAGUUAGGGCUACACCCCACACGGCUCGACGCGAAUCGUGCGUAGCCCGCGCCGCACAGCGUAAUUCGCCGCAGCGAGAAAACGAUAAGUCGCUUUGCAAAUGCGAAAUAAACAACAACUAGUACUCUUUAGAUUUAAUUAUAUUGUUCCGGUCCGCCUGAGGCCCGUGUUGGUUAUAACGUUAUCAGAUCAAACAAGUCGUGAGGUCGCAAUUUCUCGCUGCGAUGAGACCAUACAAGAAAUAUACCUAUGCUUGGAGCGAUCGGCCGUGGCAUGCGAUGUGUGACAUCUGCCAGUUCCACGGUCCGACAUCGUCGCGCUAGAACACGUGUUCACGCUUUAUACAACACUGGUAUGACUAGUUAUACAAUUGAGCACAUAUCAUGACUGCGAAGGAUUCGACUUAUACAUGAAUAAGAAACUUUAUACAUAUAUCGACCCUCGCACGCGGCCGUACGUCGCGUGCGUUUUAAGUGGCCUUUAUAGUAUUACUUGCACAACGUCGCCUGUAUAUUGGUGAUUUAAAAAGGGUAUAGAUACAUAUAUAAGCAUUUAUUACUUAAUGAAAAUGGUUGCAAACUUUUCACAUACAUGUCUUUCAACAAUAAUAAAAUUGUGUUGAUCGCCGAAAAGUUACACCAUUAUCACGAUACAAAAUGUGUCUAUAGGUACAUAUAGCUGUUUGGAUCGGCAAUGCAAUAUUGUUUUAUGACUUUGUGUGUAUGAUAGAUAUACAAUAUUUACAUAUUAAGUCUUUUUAUAAGUGUCAGGCACAACAAAUUAUAACUUAUUUCCUAAAUGUAAUUUUAGUUUAUUUCGACGUUAUAUUUUAAGGUCUAAACGCUGCGAUUAACUGAUUGAAUUGUUAUUAUUGCAUCUUACGAGAUUUGUUCCUAAGUGGGUCCGCCAAACUUCCAGUAAAUCACAAUCAUCACAGAACUUCACGGGUAAAUCACAAUUAAAUUAUUAGUCCAAAUGAUGGGUUAUCGUUAUACGAUAAACAAUUAGCAUCGCGCAACAAGUGCCGACCCGAGACAUGCGCGUGGACGUGCGUGAAGUAGAGGUAAAACGGAUGCCUGUUUGGCCGGACUCUGGAUAUCCGGCUAACCUUGUAGCGAGCGUGGAAUCUGCACUGCAUAACAAAUAAAAUGUUUUUUUUUAAAGUGCCUUUAGUCACUGAGAUAAAUGCUACUACUUAAAAAUGAUAUGGAUACCCAGACCCAAACUUUCUAUCCAUUAUUUUUUUUUAAAAUACAAUUUUGGUAAAUAAAACACAUCGAACAAUAAUAACAUUUUAAUGCACAGAAGGAACAAAGGUAAAUACAGCAAAAUACAAAUCUAGAUAGCGCCAUCUAUAUUAUUUUUGGGCAACAUAGCCUAAAAAGUCCCUUAUUGGUAGUCUCUGAGAAAUGCAUGAACAAACAUACAUACAUACACCUAUGAAAUGCGGCAAACGUGUUUGAAACUCCAUGUAGAGUAACAAAGCUGAAUAGAUGUUUCCUCAAUCGACGGGACCCGUUCGGGCAGAUUACAUGUAAUACGACCGAUUUAAAACAAUGUUGCAGUUUGAUUCGCAAAUAAACUCAAAAUAAAUUAGGUAGUUUAUAGAAAAAUCAAUGGUAACUAGGUAUAUAUAUUAACUAGUACCCGAAAACUUAACUAUGUAGGUAUUCCAAACUAUCAUUAUUCACCCAACGUUAGAAGAAAACAUUACAGUCUUUUUUACUUGCACAUGAAAGAGACAAUGCUAUGUCUUCAAGGCCAGCGCGCCGCCAGUGCAUGGUUUAUUUCGGCUUAAACAGUUCUUUCGUUUUAAAUUAGGUCGCAUCAAAAUUUUAUUUUGACCAUGUGCUACCUUACCGCGUAAUUACGAGGUAAAUCUAGCUCGGCUCUCUGAUAUCCGUUUCAUCUCUAGUGUGUAGUAUAUGUGUCCAUGCGCAGCUUCAAGCCGUUCAAGUGGACAUUUGUCCGCAUUUGUAAGGUCCGUAACCAAAGGAAAUAAUUUGUUAAAACUGGAGUUCUUUACACAUUGACACGCUUGAGGCUUUU